AUGGGCCCGAUCGGACAACGCGAAUUUCGCGCUGCUGAGCUCCAGGCUUUGGGCUCUGGUGACGGCUGCUGCGCUGCUGCAGACCAAGCUCCGCAGCUGCCGGCACCCUUGCGCGUCAAGUCGCCGGGACAGCCGACAUGGCCCUCCCAAGGCUCAGCCGUCACAGGAUUCCGAGCCAAGCUUCGACGGUCCACGUCCGACGUGACUCCACUUCAUCGACUCUCGGUUCAUCCGCCACUUUCAGCUUUCGACAAGCACGUCCAACCACUGUGCUGUCGCUCGAUAAAAUUCGCUUCGCCCAUCGCCAUCGCAAAGGCCGCGUCCACUGCUGACAUUACCACACCGGUCGACAUGUCUGCCAAUGCGCCUUCUCCACAGAAGAAGGGCCCCACAAUAGACGCCCUCACAGCCAAUCUGCAGGCCUCGUCGCUCAACUCCGCCCCUCUCAACGACCAUCUCUCGCUAUCGCCCCAGGCUUUCAAGAAGCUGCUCCUGGACACCAUCGACGAGAAGGCCAAUGCAAUACCUGCAGCGAUAUCCUCGCUUCCCGAUGACGCCAUACCAGCUGAGUCUAUCGGUGAUGUUGUCGUCGAUGCCGACGCUGCUGCACCUGCCGCUCCGGCUCAAGGUCUCCCAAAGUACAUUGCCGACCGUGUUGCCUAUGAAGGCGGCGAAUUCGUGCUCUUGAUCGGUGGCGAUGCCUCUGACCCAGACAGUGCCGAGCAUCCCCGUUUCAACGACGAGGAACUGGCGAUAGCGAUCGCCAACGUCGUCAAGGCCUCCAAUCUCUCGGACGCAGAUGCUUCCGUCCUCGACCAGCGCUCCCUGGACGAUGGCAGCAGGUCGGCCCACGUCCUCAUCCGCAGGAUACCUGCAAGCGCCGAAGAGCUCGUAGAGCUGCGCAUCGCCGUCAUCGGCAACGUGGACGCAGGCAAGUCCACCAUGCUCGGCGUGCUCACCAAGGGCGGCCUCGACGACGGCCGUGGCAAGGCGCGAGUCAACCUCUUCCGCCACAAGCACGAGGUCGAGUCCGGCAGAACCUCAUCCGUCGGCAUGGAGAUCAUGGGCUUCGACUCCAAGGGCAAGCCAGUGCACAACGCAGCCGGGCCUGGUCAGGAAGCCGGCCGCAAGAUGUCGUGGGAGGAGGUGUGCGCCAAGUCGAGCAAAGUCAUCUCGUUCAUCGAUCUGGCCGGCCAUGAGCGCUACCUGAAGACCACCGUGUUCGGCAUGACGGGCUGCUUGCCCGACUUUGUCAUGCUCAUGGUGGGUGCGAACGCGGGUCUCAUCGGCAUGUCCAAGGAGCACCUGGGUAUCGCGCUCGCACUCUCGGUGCCCGUGGUGGUGUGCAUCACCAAGAUCGACAUGACUCCCGCCCAUGUGCUCGAGACGACGCUCAAGCAGCUCACCAAGAUCCUCAAGUCGCCCGGCUGCCGCAAGACGCCCGUGUUUGUCAACGACAUUGGCCAAGUGGUCGACUCGGCGCUGCGGCUCGAGUCGGAGCGCAUCUGCCCCAUCUUUCAGAUUUCCAACGUCACCGGACUCAAUCUCGACCUGCUGCGCAGCUUCCUCAACAUUCUGCCGCAGGCGAGCGCCGCCAAGUUCCAGGUGAACCAGCCGUUCGAGUUCCAGAUCAGCGACAUCUUCUCGGUGCCCUUUGUAGGCACGGUGGUGUCUGGCGUCGUGCUGGCCGGCAGCUGCAAGGUGGGCGACUCGGCGUUGUUGGGUCCGGACAGCUUGGGCCAGUUUGUCACGACGUCGAUCCGCAGUAUCCAGCGCAAGCGCGUCAACGUCGACGGCGCGACGGCAGGUCAGAGCGUGUCGUUUGCGCUCAAGAAGAUCCGGCGCAACCAGGUGCGCAAGGGCAUGGUCAUGGUGGCGCGCACCGACGUGGCGCCCAAGAGCUACAUGGAGUUCGACGCCGAGAUCCUGUGCCUCUACCACUCGACCACGCUCUCGGUCGGCUCGUGCAUGGUGCUGCACGCAGCUUCGAUUCGCCAGACCGUGCGCAUCGUGGGCAUCGCCAAGCUCGACGGCAAGCCCACGCUGGGCGUCGGCGCCGGCGCGGCAAGCGACCCGGCCGGCAAGCCGGUGGUGCGCACGGGAGACCGUGCCAAGCUGCGCCUCCAGUUCAUCCGCUAUCCCGAAUACGUCAAGCCGGGCAUGAAGCUCAUCACGCGCGAGGGAAAGACCAAGCUGAUCGGCGUGGUGCGUGCGGUGGGGCAGACGGGGCCACUGGGCGGUGCGCCAAUACCCACGGCAGCACAGGCGAAUGUGCCGCCGCCAGCCAACCCUGCACCAGCGCUCGGUGUCAAUGCGGGCAAGAAGGGUCUCGCCAGAAAAUUUGACCGGGCCUUGCAGAGGCAAAAUUCGGUUGGGCUGGAAUCUUCUGACCGUAGGCGCUCCAUCUUUACGCCAACAUCAUCUACGACUCCAGCCGCACACUUUUGGAUCACGAUGUCGGGAGCAGCGUCUGGAUCGAAGCGCAAAGCCGUUGGGGCUAGUUCGAGCCGUUCUUCCGCCGGGAAGAAGGCGAAAUCGACCAGCUCGGGGGAAGAUGCGUCCAUACCGCUUGGUCGGGCGUUGGCGUCGACGGAGAAGCGCACGCGCGAUGCAGCAGUGCGUUCGCUCACAGCCUACCUGUCGGCCAACGGUGCACAUACGAUCGAACCGCUCGAGCUGGGUAAGCUCUGGAAGGGACUGUUCUACUGCUUUUGGAUGUCGGACAAGCCGCUGGUGCAGCAACGACUCGCCAACGAUCUGGCCAACCUUGUGCUUGUCCACCCCACCUCGACCGAAGGGGGAGGGGAGAUGAGCCAGCGCGCAAUGGCGGGUUUGACGUUCCUGGAAGGUUUCUGGGAUACGUUGGUGGCAGAGUGGGCAGGGCUGGAUAAGCAUAGGAUCGACAAGUACUACCUGCUGGUUAGGAGGUUUGUGGCGGCAGGAUUCAGACUGCUUGCAGAGGAAAAGUGGCAGCCUAAAGCAGUGGAGAGACUGGCGGGAAUGUUGGGCAAAUGGCCAGGUGGAGCGCUGAGUACAAACGACCCAAAGGUACCUGAUUCCUUGACGUACCAUUUGUCAGAUAUCUACCUCGACGAGCUGGAGAAGGUGAUUGAAACCGUGCACGACGAGGAGAACGGGCAAGAGGAGGAGGAGGAAGAGGAGGAUUUGCCGUUGGUGCCGACGCUGCAGCUGUUGAUGCCGUUUGUCGACGCACUCGCAACGGCAAAGAGCAAGGCCAUGUACGACCGCAUCUGGUCCAACGUGUUUGAGCCGCUGCUCGACGAUACGCUGCGUGCAUCGGCUCGCGACGACGACUCGCAAUACGGCUCUCAAGAUGGGUCGGAACAAGACGACGAACAAGACGACGAUGACGACGAUGACGACGAUGACGAUGAAGAGGUGGAGGCGGGUGAUGAGACGACGACGGGGACGGAAUUCCACUCGUUUGCCGACGAAUCCACGCUCACGCACCCAAUCGACGACGACGAAUCAGAACCUUCGCUCGCUUCCGACUCAGACGACGAGGACGAAGAAGACUCGGAGAACGACGUUCGCUAUCCUCUUCUACUGGCUCUUUCAUCUGUGCCUAUCCCCACCGACGCCGACGAAGACGAUGAGCAGCUUGACGUGGCACUCGUCCUGCGCAAGGCCAUCUUCCAGGCGCUCUUCACCGCCGCCUCGCGCAAGGACGCCACGGAAGCGCGUCGUCGUCUUCUCUACCAGCUGUGGCGCGAUGAACAAGACCGUCUCAAUGAUUCCUAG